AUGAAUCGAACACAUAAGAAAAAUUAUUCUUCAUCGUUUAAUAAAUUUGUUGCACAUCUUCAACGUACAUUUUCUUCUAAAAAUACCAAAUCAUCAACUGUUAUUAUUCAACAACAACAACAACAACCACCGCGUAGUUAUUUGUCAACAUUUACAAAUCGUUUUCAAUUAUCUGAUAUACUUUAUAAUCCAUCACGUUCAAUUGAAUAUCUAAGUGAAAUCAAAGAUCAAGAUGAUUAUUCUUAUUCAUUUUCUUGUUAUAAUUCAAUAAAUACUCAUCAGGAAGAUGAAUUUAAUUUAUCACAAAUGAAUAUCAGUAUGAAUAACAAUUAUGAUCAUUGUUCACGACAAAAACUUAUCAAAUUACCAAUUCGAUUACAUUCAACAGCAAUCGAUGAUAUUAGCAACUGUUGA